AUGCCAACCCGGCCCUCGAGAUUCAUCCGCACCCUCACACCCCUCAACCACCACCCACCCGCCGAACCACUCGAGCUCAGCCCCUCACGGCGAAAACCCCACCCCUUCCGAUCCGUGGGCAACUACGUCUUCACAUCCCCCUGGAACCGCAACUGCACUUUCGGCCCGGGCGCCAACAGCCGCACUCUCAGGUGCAGACACACGCUCCCCCAGUCAAGCCACGCCCCAUCAUCCCCCGCCUCCGCCGUCACGGUCGCCGAAAUCCGCUUCAACCUGCCCACCUUCCCGUCUCCGCCUCCUCGACCGGGGUCUUCGCAUCGCGCCGACGGCGGGCCCAAGCCGCGGCACAGUAAUGACUCGUUGUCUUCCCCGUUUGAGGAGGAGAGGCUGGAUUUGAGCCUGGCGAGGGAGCGGGCGGGGGGCGGGAUGAGAGGGAAUAGUGCCAAGCUGGGGAAGCUGAUUAUCCAGGAUGAAGGGCUGAAGAUGGUAGAUUUGAUUGUGGCGGCGUGCAUGGGCGUGUUUUGGGGGGUUUAUGAGAAUGCGUCUGGAUAG